AAAUUAAUACUUCUAUUUUGAAAUAUUUUUAAUUAUUUUUACAAAAUUGAUACGUCAAAAACUCAAAUUCUUGUUACACCCUCUUAUCCUUUUAAUAAAAUCCAUAUACAUGCAUCAUAAAAUAUAAAUAAAUAAAUAAAUAAAUAAAUCAUGAUUCUAGAUUCAAUUCACUCGUUUUAUUGCUAUGUAAAGCAGUAAAUUUCCACAACUCAUUGACAGUAAGAGAGAGAUUAAAACUUUACCAAAAGAGGAGAUUUGGUGAUUACAAGUUUACAACUCAUAUAUUUAUAUGCAAAGUGUGUAACGCAUUAUCCCUUCAAAAAAAAAAAAAAAAAAAAAGGUGUGUAACGCAUUACUUUUAUUUUGCGCACAAUUUCAGUAGGAGAUUCAAUUCCCAGAAUUUUAAUCUCCUUCUGUUAAUUUCCUAGCCAAAUGGAUACUCGACCUCCUUCAAAAUUCGCAGAUAUUGAAGCAAAGUUAGCAAAACAAAAGGAAAUCGAUGAUUGGCUUCCCAUCACAUCUGCAAGGAAUGCGAAAUGGUGGUACUCUGCCUUCCACAAUGUCACUGCCAUGGUUGGUGCCGGAGUCCUUAGUCUUCCAUAUGCCAUGUCUAAUCUAGGAUGGGGACCAGGAGUGGUAAUUCUAGUACUAUCAUGGGUCAUAACAUUGUACACCCUAUGGCAAAUGGUGGAGAUGCAUGAGAUGGUACCAGGGAAGCGAUUUGACCGGUACCAUGAGCUAGGACAAUAUGCCUUUGGGGAGAAGCUAGGCUUAUGGAUUGUGGUGCCUCAACAACUUAUUGUUGAAGUUGGUGUUAACAUUGUUUACAUGGUUACCGGGGGUAAAUCCCUUCAGAAGUUCCAUGAUAUUGUAUGUUCUACCAAGACCAAUUGUGCACCUAUGAAAACUACCUACUUUAUCAUGAUCUUCUCCUCUGUUCACUUCGUCCUGUCUCACCUUCCUAACUUCAACUCCAUCGCCGGUGUUUCAUUGGCAGCUGCUGUUAUGUCCCUUAGCUAUUCUACAAUUGCAUGGUCAGCAUCACUAGGGAAAGGUGUACAGCCAGGCGUUACUUACGGGGCUAAGCACCAUAGUGAUGUAGGGAAGAUGUUUGGCUUCUUCAACGCGCUAGGAGAUGUGGCUUUUGCAUAUGCAGGACACAACGUUGUGCUCGAAAUUCAAGCAACCAUCCCUUCCACCCCAGAGAAGCCUUCCAAGGGACCCAUGUGGAAGGGUGUUAUCGUUGCCUACAUCGUUGUUGCCAUAUGCUAUUUCCCUGUUGCCCUAAUUGGCUAUUGGGUUUUUGGAAGCAAUGUUAAAGAUAACAUCCUCCUUUCCCUUGAGAAACCGGGUUGGCUUAUUGGUAUGGCCAACCUGUUUGUGGUCGUCCACGUUAUUGGAAGUUAUCAGAUAUAUGCCAUGCCGGUUUUUGACAUGAUAGAGACUGUGCUAGUGAAGAAGUUGCAUUUCAAGCCUACUUGGUACCUCAGGUUUAUUAGUCGCAACUGUUACGUGGCAUUUACAAUGUUUGUCGCGAUUACAUUCCCCUUCUUUGGAGGACUUCUUGGAUUCUUUGGAGGAUUUGCCUUCGCUCCAACUACUUACUUUCUUCCUUGCAUCAUGUGGCUUGCUAUUCACAAACCCAGGAAGUUUGGCCUUUCAUGGUGCUGUAAUUGGGCUUGCAUUGUUCUUGGAGUUAUGCUGAUGGUGUUAGCACCUAUCGGAGGGCUUAGACAGAUCAUAUUAGACGCGAAAACCUACAAGUUCUACUCAUAAGAAGUGUAGUGUCUUGAAAUUUGUGGUUUGAUGAUUAGCAUUGUAGUAUUUCUUUUGAUAAUGGCAAAAUGAUGAAUCCAGCUACAUUGCUUGUUUAGUAUAAGUUGGAUUAUACAUUUUAACUAGGGUAAAGUCAGUUAGACACAUUUUCGGAACCUGCUAGUUAUCUAUUUGUUUAUAAUUUUUCAAAUUGUGUGCAUAUAGAAUGAAUUUCUGCUCUGAGUUUCCAAUUAGUCACAGAGUAUUUACAAAUUAUGUAAAAAGGGUUGUGUUUGCUGGUAUAUGCUUUCAGACAGUUUCUGAAAUAAGGUUUAAAUACACAGUUGCAGACAUUUUGCCUUUCAAA